AUGAAAGUCGGCCGUACCUCGAUCCCCCGGGAAGAGGAUUUGCCCCACGAGAUGAUCGGGACGGCCGAAUGUACGAUGAUCGCUCACGCUCACGCUCACGCUCGCCUGGCGGUACACGCUCCUCCCUACAUGGCAAUGGUCCUUGAGUUUUUGCUUGUGGCUCCGAAUUCGAACCAAGCCUAUCCUCCUGAAACCACGCUCGCACACCUACGCAACGGACAACAGGCCGCAGGCGCGAAUACAGCAGAGACGGAGAUCCCGGAGCGCAUUAUGAGAGUCGAGACCGGGAGGGAUAUCGCCAUCGAUCACCGCCGCGUCGAGGAAGACAGGGCUACCGAGACCGGGACCGAGAGGGAUACCGGUCGCCAGAUUACAGCCAUGGCAGAAGCUACAGCCGCAGCCGGAGCCCUCGUCGAGGGCACUCUGAUUGGUGCGGAGCUUCACAAUGCUUAUCAGAUCAGUGGAUUGGAGGAGAUCCGAGUAAUUCGAGAUCGCCAAACAAGGUUGUCACGACAAUUGGGAUUUCUGCGGUUCGCCUCUAUCGAUGAUUCGCGGGCCUUUCUCGAGCAAAAUCACCCUUUCAUAUACCUAUACGGUCCAUCUGCGGGGGAGAAUGAUCGAAGCACGAAGGUUCGCAUCGCAUACAGCCGAGAGAGAGAGGAUAGGAACCGGGUCAAAACCGAAGCAGACUGGACUUGUCGCAUGUGCGCCGUAGUCAAUUUUGCGACUCGACCAAAAUGUUUCAGGUGCAAUGCUCCCCGUCCAGGUCCAGAGAUAAUCCCCGUUGGCCCGCCGGGCGUUCCCCCGCCAAAGAUCGCCAACAACGGUGACAAUGAUGCGGCGCCCGAUAGCCAGCCGUCGCAAUUCAUUCUCUUGCGAGGGCUUGAAUCGUCGGUGACCGAGGAGCUUUUAGCAAAGGGGGUUGCCAAACUUUAUCGUCCUACCGCAGGCAACAACGAUGCCCCUACAUCAGCCAGCCAGAAAAAGGGUGCCAAAGUUGCCUCAACUACGGGAGAUUCGAAUCUAGGUGCUCGCGAGGGCUCCAUUCGCCGCGUCCUGCUGGUUCGAGACCGGAAGACAAACGAAAGCUGGCGCUUUGGGUUCGCCGAGUUUGCCAAUGUCUUGGAUGCGCAAGCCGCCAUUGCACGGUUGAAUUCAUUCGAAAAAUUCACCAUUUCGUCCAAACCCGUGUUAGUCAGCUAUAUUCACGCUGGUGUUUUUGUUCCGGUCAUGGAUCCAAAUCCUAGUGCAGCUCAGUUCACCUUCAGCCCCUUGGCAAAUCCCUCCGCAAAGCUUAUGUAUUGGGAUGAUGAGGGGUACGCGAGUGAGCUGAUGCUUGCGUCGGGCGAAGAGAACGUUGAGCAAGACAGGCCAACAAGCGCAAAAGGCCCUGGGUCGCGAGAGCAAAGCGACGCCAAAGGCGCCCGGGAUUCCGAGAAAGCGAAGAAACGGAAAGCUGAAGCCGCCGCGGGUGCGACCGCAAAGAAACUGGCUAUGCCGUCUCAGUUACAGUUCUGGAGCAAUCGGCAUGCCGAACUUCAUGGCAUUUCCAAGGAGGGAACGGAGACGGCCGUGGAAGGUGAAUUGGAAAAAGCCAAUUCACUAGUGGAUGCAAAUGCUCCGCCAGCUCAAUCAUUCGCCGAUCUCACUCGGAACUGUUGCUACCUUUGCAUGCGGCAAUUCAAGAGUUCUGCCAACGUCAACCGCCAUGAACGUCUGAGCCAGCUGCACCGUGAAAACCUUCAAAAUGAGGAGGCCAAAGCUCGUGGAAUGUCGAAGCUGAUCAAGCAUGGUAUCAUUCCGCAGCCGGCUGAGUACCGUGACCGUGCACGUGAGCGUCGCCAGGCAUUUGGUCGUGGCAAGAAGUCCGGUGCCCGCAAUAAGGCCGCUGCACCCAAGGAUGAGGAACCGGCGCAGACGACCUCCAAGGGUGCUUCUCUCCUGAGCAAGAUGGGCUGGUCCGCCGGUUCUGGUCUGGGAGCAACGGGCACCGGUGUCACUGCUCCCAUUGCAACGGAGAUUUACGCGCAGGGUGUUGGUCUGGGUGCCCAGGGAGGUAAACUGGGUGAUGCUGUGGAAGAGGCUGGCCGAAAUACCAGGGGACGAUAUGAUGAAUUUUUGGAAAAGACUCGAGAGACUGCUCGACAACGGUACGAUCAAAUGAACCAGGGAUCAUAG